AUGGAGAUGGUAUUACUUUACAUGAACAGACAUGACUAUAAAACCCAUCACACGGCAUCGGUAGCAGUUGAUGGAAAUGCUUCAUUUUGUUCUCAUACACAAAGUACAACAGGACCUGUCCCAAAUUUGUGGCUGGUAGACUUAGAAGCCAAUUACAAAAUUACAAAUGUCAAUGUUCUCAAUAGAGGAGAUUGUUGUGAAGAACGAUUGCAAAAUUUCACCAUUUCUGUUUGGGAAUAUGAUCCUGGUCCUCACAUCAAGUAUAACAUGACGGCGAAUGCAUUUUGUAUUUGUGCCACGCAGCUAACGGCGGUACCAGGAGGUCAAUGGGCAAAUUUGACAUGUACCCAGAAAUGCGUUGGAAGAUUCGUUUUACUGAUGUCUUAUUACAAUGAUCAUUUAACGCUGUGUGAAGUACAGGUGUUUGGUAAUCCGUACAGUGGUUGUUCAGCAUACUUGCCACUUGGUGUGUCUUUAAGGCCUUCGUACUUUCGUAAUUGCAAAGAUGUACAGAAAAUAAUUAUUAUUCGUAUGAAUAACUAG